CUUGUAUAUCACUUUACGUUCGUGAAUUCGACAAGUAUUGCAUCAUGAAGUUCCUCGCAGUUUUCUUCUGCUUCAUUGCUUUCGGCUCCGCCACACCGUCCAAAAAUGAACGUGUGGAAAUUGAUUCCAUCCUGCUCAAUGAAAUGGUCGACGCCUACGUUGGGCUCCUCAAGGAAAUCGAUCCGAUCAACAUCAAGGAGGAAACCUUCUUCGACAUCAUUGGAAUCUACUUCAAAGUAAAGAACGUACACGCUGAGGGCUUCUCCAACAUCUCGCACAGCAUCUCAUACAACUUGAGCUAUCCUCUCUCAACCUUCAACGUCAACAUGAGCCUUCCCAGAACCUUUGGAGCUGUCGAACUUUGGGAUUCCACUUUACCUUUGAUUUACGGAAACGGAAGCUUGAGUUUCGACAUCAAAAACGUUCAGUUCAUGAUGCAAAUCGGUUUCAACAUGACCUCCAUGCUGUUCGAACCAGUCGUCUUCAAGCCUUCCAUUGAAAACGCACAGUUCGCAAUCACCGGUGUCAACCACAACGAAGUGUACAGUCAAGAAAUCAGCAACAAGGUCAACAAUGCGUUGAACGUUAUCGUCAAUGACCCAGAGAUGCACGCUUCUGUUGCAGCGGACAUUAGUGCCUUUUUGAAUGGCAAAGCAUUUUAAUUUUAAGAAGACCUUCUUAAAAUAAAACGAUAAUUAAACUUUUAA